AUGCUAGAUUCUGCAACUUCCUAUGUUUCUGACUCUUUACUUGAGGAUGUUCCUCACUUGUCUGAUUACAUCCCUGAUCUUCCUACAUAUCCUGGCCCAUUACAAGAUAAUCCUUCUUAUGCAGUUGUCAAACAGUAUUUUGUGAAUUCAGAUGAUACCGUUGCGCAACAGAUAGUUGUUCAUAAAAAUAGUCCAAGAGGGACCGUUUUUUGA